ACAACAGCGCCAGAGUGCAUGUGAAUAAUAGUCUUCAAACGUGGCGGUUGUACUACUGUAGAUGUCUAAAGCGACAAAAUCAUUUUGAAUAAAUAAAUCAGUCCAGUAUGACAAGCUUAGUUGGAAGUCACACAAAAUAUGCUGUAAGAAAUUUGCGUGGUCUGGUAGGGGCAGCGGUUACACCGCUUUUCACGAGGCAUUUUCAUUAUACUGAAGUUGCAAGGACCAAGAAUGAUUUCUCGUCAACUGUACAGGCAAAGACCCUACUUGACAUGAAGCCCUACGAAUUUGUCAAGCAUAUGAAAAAGAACAAUGUCAAAAGAUGUUUCGUAGUUUUUGAUAAGGCAUCAGACAGUGUUCUUGCUUCAAACGAAAUUUUCAGUGAUCUGAAAACAUUUUGUGAAAAGGACAAAAUAGAUUAUAAAGAACAUGAAGGUUUCUUUCUCGAGAUUGGAAGGAGAAGUGGUGCUUUAUUAGGCGCUUUUGUCUGGAGAACUAACCGCGGACAAGCAUGUGGAGGUAUACGAUUGUGGAACUACACGAGAUUGGAAGAUUACAUCAGAGAUGGACUACGAUUAGCAUAUGGAAUGGGUGUCAAAUCAGCAUUAGCCGGACUCUGGGCAGGUGGUGGCAAAGGUGUCAUUGCCAGUCCAGAAUAUGAUAUUUCACAUCCUGGGAUAAGAAAGCAGAUGUUUUUAGAUUAUGGAGAUUUCCUUUCAUCACUAAAUGGUUGCUAUGUUGCUGCUGAAGAUGCUGGAGUAGUUGUAUCUGAUGUUGACAAUGUUCAUAUGAGGACAAGGUUCACUACUUGCAUAUCUGAAGAGCUUGGUGGAUCAGGAAACCCUUCAGUUGCAACGGGCAAAGGUAUAGUUUGCGCUAUGGAAGCAGCACUGGAUUAUCUAAAAAUGGGAACCAUUGAUGGAAAAUCAGUAGUUUUGCAAGGAGCAGGCAAUGUUGCUCGAGUUAUCAUUGAUGGACUUCUAAGCAGAAAUGUUGGGCGCAUUUUGGCCACAGAUUGCAAUGAACAACAGCUACAACUGACAGAAAGAAUGUUUGCUGGAAGACAUAACGGUUUACUUGAACUAGGCCUUGUUCCAGUAAACGAGACAGAAACGUUGGCAAAGGAGUGCGAUAUUCUGUCACCAAAUGCUCUUGGGAAUGUGCUCAACGAGAAAACCAUUCCCAAUAUCAAGGCAAAGAUCGUUUGUGGUGCAGCCAACAACCAGCUUGGAAAACCAGAUGAUAACAAACUCAUGGCUGACAGAGGCAUCACAUAUGUGGUUGAUUUUCUAUGCAACCGAAUGGGAAUCGUCAACUGUGCAAAUGAAGCCUAUGGAAGGUUACCACGUGAUCCAGCAAUUGAAAGGCAUUUCGAUAAGGAAUAUGAGAAUUCUAUUUGGCAGAUGACGCACAGAGUGCUACGUGCGGCAGACAUUAAAGGUGUAACACCAGUUGAAGCAGCCACUGAAAUAGCAGAAACGAUGAGUCACGAACUUCACCCCAUUUGGCCAAACAGAAGUCAGGAAAUCAUCGAUUCCUUGGUACGUUCGAAAUGGCACGAAAGUGUUUGAAGUGCUACUUCAUAGUUGGUUUUUCAAAUUGGCUUAUUUAUGGGAGACUGCUCUUAUUUAUUGAUUUUAAUUGCUCAAGUUUUUGUUUUUAAUAUUGUGUAAUACGUUUGUAGUGUGUUUUCUUAAGUCAACUGUAACAGUGUCUUACGGUCUAACUGUAACUGCAAUGAACGCCCAGCAGCAACGCCACAUUAAUCUUUAAACACAAUUAAUAAAAGGCCACCCAACGAUCGAUGCUAAUACUUUGGUCCAUUUUUUGCCAAUCUGUAUUAAAAUAACAGUAAAAUGUUUCAAUUAAAGGUAAUGUGUCCAUAUAAAAAGACUGCGUAUACCCAACUUGUCAAGCCACCCAUCAAAAUGACGGUUUGCGAUUGGUUAGUAUUCUUGCGAUGCAAAACUGCUCACAUGAAAAGCUAACCUCACAGCAGUAUCAACAAACAAAACGACCGUAAUGGCUGGGGCGAUGACAUGAAAAAUCACAUGUUUCUAAAAACCCCCACAGAGUCGCUUGCUUUAGCUGGACACAUUACCUUUAAGAAGUUGAAUCACAGCUAGAUCAUGUAGCAAAAGAAGGCCUAGAAUGAACCCUUGUUGCACACCUUGAACAGUAUUUCAUACCUUGAGCUAAAAUGUCAACAUGUUUUAAAGAUAUAGUAGUAGGUACGAUUUUUAAUGCCAACUUUCUUUUGUACCUAUUUGCUUUAAUUGAAGCUUCUGUCAAUACACGUUUAAUAGGUAAGGUUCUUUUUGGAGUACUGAUUACCUCGUGUGGCCUUCUUUAGCAAAGCAUUUUCAUAGCUAUGGAGUAGAUAACAGAAAGUUUACCAUGUUUAUUUUGUGGCUAGAUGAAAAUAUUGUCGGCCAGCCUAGGAAGCAUUUUGGUUAAUUGAAGGCUUACAUGUGAAACAAAGCCUACGUCCAUAAAGUUUGCCUAAGAACAACUAAGUGUUUAGCUGAACAGCAGGUCCAUUCAUUUUUAAACCCAGUCAUAAUCUAUCAAAUUAUGCCUGAAGGUCACAAUCAAGCCGCUGAUUUGCUACCCAUUUUCGUCAUGAGAAGGUUAAGCUAGCCUUGUUGGCUUAAAGUAAACAGCUCUAUUUUUUACAAAGUUAAGCUUUUUAAAUGUAAGUAUUUCUAGGUAACCGUCACGUCACGUAAUUUGCGAUUUUUUACCGAUAAGUGCAGAUAUUAUAAGUAACUAUUUAUAAAUUUCGCCAACUUGUAUUCAGAGCAAAAAAUAUCAUUGUGUAGCUGAGAGGUGACUGAAUGGAUAAAAAGUUUUCUUGAAAUCGACCAAUACAUUAUUUUCGUUAAUUCAUUUAUUCAAAAUGUUUCAGCCUAAAAUCACUUGUUUGUUAAACAAACUGAUGUCAUCAAAAGACGAUCUUUACUUUCAUCAGGUAUUACAGGGAGGGGUCAUCCUUCUCUACUGAUUGUUAUAGUUACUUAUUCGUCAGUGAGAUCUAAGAAGAAUGGAAUGACCUUGAUACAACCCAUACUCUUGAAUAGUAGAAGAUUAUCUUGUGGAAGUCACCAGGGUACGAACAGCAUUUUCAUUUAAUGUAUUUAUUAUAUUCGCAGUCUAUCUAGAUUGAGUUUUUACGCUUUUAUACCCCCGUAGGAAGCUACUAAAAUUUAUUUAAUGUAUUUACGCUUUUGUCAGUAAAUUGAUAAGUACAGCCUUUCAUGUA